UGCCUCGCUCUCCUCCCGCACCAAUGGUGAGGAAGCAACCACUGAGCUUUCUCUUCUAUGCCGUCAACCCGGCCAACCAAGACGCUACUCCACCAUCGUCACCUCCCACUCCGACGGCCACCCCGCAGGCAUGGAUGUGGCCUUCCUGCAAGCACCCGACAACCAGUUCCUUCCGCUCACCGUCCGCUUCUGCGUCGGCAGCCGCCAAGAACGCCGCGGCCGCGUCCCUCUUCCUGGACUCCGCGGAAUCCUCCUCCUUCACCAACUCCUCCGCGCGCAUGCACCACGACUGCGCCGCGUCCGACAGCCUCUCGACCGAGUCGGAGCCCUCCGCCGCCGCGGCCGAGGACACCGCCGACGCCAUCGUCCGCGGCCUCCGUUCCGACCGCCUCCGCUUCGAGCCCCGCGCUCGCUCCAGCUCAAUCCUGGAGAAGAAACCCGGGCCUGAGCGUGGGCGCGGCCACGCGGCGGCGGGGCCGUUCGGAGGCGGCGUCCCGCUGGCCCUGGACUCCGCGGACCCGUACGUUGACUUCCGGGCGUCGAUGGAGGAGAUGAUGGCGUCGCGCGGCAUGGGUUGCGCGGGCGACUGGGACUGGCUGGAGAGGAUGCUGGGGUGGUACCUCCGCGCGAACGGCAAGGACACGCACGCCGCCAUCGUCGCCGCGUUCGUCGACCUGGUGGUUACCACGACUGCCGCCGGCUGCGCGUCCGGCAACUCCUCCUUCACGCUCGCCGGGAGCGACCGGGAGAGUGGCAGCGCCGGCGGCAAUGGGUCUUUCCGUCGUCUGAGGCGGACCAAAUCGUCCGUGUCAGGCUAG